CUCCAGGCCGGCAGGCGGCGCGGCCGGGCGGAAGGGGACGCUCUGUGCGCAGGCCCCGCCUCCCUCCUUCCCGCUCUAUGGUUCUUCCGGUGGGGCUUCCGGGCGCGCCUGCGCACUCGGAGCCCCCGCGGUUUGCCCGCUGCCGGUGCGCCAGCUGUGUCCCACACGUGUGUCCCUCUUCCCUCACCAUGUACGCCUGUACAAAGUUCGUCACUGUUCCUGCGCUGGUGUGGAGGAGCCCGCGGGUGCUGUGCCAGCCUCUCUCAGCCUCCCUGCUCAGCAUACCCAAUGCACGGAUGGAGCAGGUGCACCCGAGUGCCCGUAGGACCAUCGUGACGAGCGUGGCCCGCAGGGACAUUGACACUGCUGCCAAAUUCAUCGGUGCUGGUGCAGCCACUGUGGGGGUGGCCGGCUCUGGGGCCGGCAUUGGCACCGUCUUCGGCAGCCUCAUCAUCGGCUACGCCAGGAACCCCUCACUGAAGCAGCAGCUCUUCUCCUAUGCCAUCCUGGGCUUCGCCCUCUCUGAGGCCAUGGGGCUCUUCUGCCUCAUGGUGGCCUUCCUCAUCCUCUUUGCCAUGUGACAGAGCCAGUGGCAGUGACGCGGUGACGGUGACAGUGCCUGCGCCCCGGGCACAGCUGUGAAUGUCCGGCGUGGGGCAGGGCGAGCCCUGCUCCUUACCCUCGCCCCAACUGUUGGGGGGAAUAAACACGGUUGGAUAACG